AUGGAGGGUCAGCCAUCCUGCUGUGCUGUGUGUCAGGACGUCCUGAAGGAUCCAGUCUCUACCAGCUGUGGACACUGGUUCUGCAGAAAGUGUAUAACCUCAUACUGGGACCAGUCUGGUUCACCAGGAGACUCCUCCUGUCCCCAGUGUGGAGAAAGAUCCAGGAGAGGACAUGGACUGGAGACGGCCGAUCAGACCAGUGCUGAACAAAUGAGAGGUGGUCUUCAGGAGGUUUUAGAUGAACACAAGAUCAGUCUGAGGAGGAGAUGUGAACGUGUGACUGAAGGAACUGAUGAAGCAGGAAGUAGAACUCUCCUCAACAGGAUCUACACUGAGCUCUACAUCACAGAGGGACAGAGUGAAGAGGUCAACAGCCAACAUGAGGUCAGACAGCUUGAGACAGCUUCCAAGAAGAUCAUCCAUGAAACACCAAUCAAGUACUAUGAGAUCUUUAAAGCCCUCCCUGACCAACAGAAACCCAUCAGAGUGGUUCUGACUAACGGUGUCGCUGGUGUUGGGAAAACCUUCACGGUGCAGAAGUUCACUCUGGACUGGGCAGAGGGCUUGGAAAACCAGGACAUCAGUCUGCUGAUUCUGCUUUCAUUCAGAGAGCUGAACUUGAUCAGAGAUGAGCGCUACAGUCUUCUGGAGCUGCUCCAUGUUUUCCAUCCAACAUUACAGAAGGUCAGAGCAGAGACGCUGGCUGUCUGUAAACUUUUGUUCAUCUUUGACGGCCUGGAUGAAAGCAGACUGUUGUUGGAUUUCAGCAUCAGUGAGGUUGUUUCUGAUGUCACACAGAAGUCAUCAGUUAAUGUGCUGUUAAUAAACCUCAUCAAGGGGAAUCUGCUUCCCUCAGCUCUCAUCUGGAUAACUUCUCGACCUGCAGCAGCCAAUCAGAUCCCUCCUUCAUGUGUGGACAGGCUGACAGAAGUCCGAGGCUUCACUGACCCCCAGAAGGAGGAGUACUUCAGGAGGAGGUUCAGUGAUGAAGAUCUGUCCAGCACAAUCAUCUCCCACAUCAAGACAUCCAGGAGCCUCCACAUCAUGUGUCUGAUCCCAGUCUUCUGCUGGAUCACUGCUACAGUUCUGGAGAACAUGAUGAGCACGCAGCAGAGAGGAGAGCUGCCCAAGACCCUGACUGACAUGUACUCACACUUCCUGUUGGUUCAGACAAAGAGGAAGAGGCAGAAGUAUGAUGGGGGACAUGAGACCAGUCCACAGGAGCUGAUGGAGGCUGAAAGAGAAGUUCUUCUGAAGCUGGGGAGGCUGGCGUUUUAACAUCUGGAGGACGGAAACAUCAUGUUCUACGAAGAAGACCUGGAGCGCUGUGGUCUGGGUGUCACAGAGGCCUCGGUGUUCUCAGGAGUUUGCACAGAGAUCUUCAAAAGAGAGAGUGUGAUCUUCCAGAAAACAGUUUACUGCUUUGUUCAUCUGAGUGUUCAGGAGUUUCUGGCUGCAGUCUACAUGCUCCACUGUUUCACCAACAGGAACACAACAGUGCUGCAGGAUUUCCUGGAGGUAGAUUUGGUAGAUUUCCUGUGUAGAGCCAUGAAAAAAUCUCUUCAAAGUAAAAAUGGCCACCUGGACCUGUUUGUUCGUUUCCUUCAUGGACUGUGUCUGGAGUCAAACCAGAGACUGUUAGGAGGUCUGCUGGGUCAGAUAGACAACAGUCCAGCAACAAUCCAACGAAUCAUCAACAACCUGAAGCAGAUGAACAGUUUUAAUAACUCUCCUGACAGAAGCAUCAACAUCUUCCACUGUCUGAUGGAGAUGAAUGAUCUCUCAGUAUAUCAGGGGAUCCAAGAGUUCCUGAAGUCAGGGAACAGAUCAGAGCAGAGACUCUCUGAGAUCCAGUGCUCUGCUCUGGCCUACAUGCUGCAGAUGUCAGAGGAGGUUCUGGAUGAGUUGGACCUGGAGAAGUACAGAACAACAGAGGAGGGAAUGCGGAGGCUGAUUCCAGCUGUGAGGAACUGCAGGAAGGCUAGAUUGAGUGAAUGCAGUUUGUCAGAGAUCAGCUGCUCUUCUCUGGCCUCAGCUCUGAAGACUCACCCCUCACAUCUGAGAGAGCUGGACCUGAGUGAGAACUACGAGCUCCAGGAUUCAGGAGUGAAGAUUCUGUGUGAUUACCUGCAGAGUCCAAACUGCAAACUGGAGAUUCUGAGAUUGAGAAAAUGCAGUUUGUCAGAGAUCAGCUGUUCUUCUCUGACCUCAGCUCUGAAGACUCACCCCUCACAUUUGAGAGAGCUGGACCUGAGCUACAACAAGCUCCAGGAUUCAGGAGUGAAGUUUCUGUGUGAUUACCUGCAGAGUCCAAACUGCAAACUGGAGAUUCUGAGAUUGUGGAGUUGCAGUUUGUCAGAGAUCAGCUGUUCUUCUCUGGCCUCAGCUCUUAAGUCUGUCCCCUCACAUCUGAGAGAGCUGGACCUGAGUGAGAACACGCUCCAGGAUUCAGGAGUGGAGUUUCUGUGUGAUUACCUGCAGAGUCCAAACUGCAAACUGGAGACUCUGAGAUUGAGUAUAUGCAGUUUGUCAGAGAUCAGCUGUGCUUCUUUGGCCUCAGCUCUGAAGUCUAACCCCUCACAUCUGAGAGAGCUGGACCUGUGCUACAACAAGCUCCAGGAUUCAGGAGUGAAGCUCCUGAGUGACCUUUUAGAGAGUCCACACUACAGACUUGAUAGUUUUGGGUAUGAUGACGUGAUCACAGCUGAUGAUGAGAAAAAAUGUGCAAAACGGGAAGCUCUGCCAGAUGUUGUUCAAGCAGAGGGCAGGCUCCCUAUAGGGGACAGAGUUCCAGCGGAGGACAGGCUCCCUAUAGGGGACAGGGUUCCAGCGGAGGACAGGGUCUCUGCAGAUGUGAGGCUUCUUUCAGUUAGGGCAGAGUUCAUCAGAAGAGUGACAGAUCCUGGUCUGAACCAGCUCAUAGACAGACUCCUGCAGCACGGUGUUAUAACUGAUGAAGAGAUGCAGUCCUUCCACACCAAAGCCAGAGCAGACAAAGCUCGGGAUGUGAUUGAUUCAGUGCGAGGAAAAGGAGCUGAAGCCAGCUCAGUCCUGAUCGCCUCUCUUUCUGAGGUGGAUCCAUGGCUUUACAGAGCGCUGAACUUAACAUGAAAACAAACAGAGAUCUGAGGGGUGUGAUGAUGUUAAAAGCUGGCUGCUUUACAAUUAACCCUUUCAAUGUUGGAACCUUGAAAUGAGAUGGAUAAUAUGAGGAUGAAAUACUUCCUCCAUUGCAGAGCGCUGAAUUAUUUGGCCAAGGGGCAACAUAAAGAUUUCACUUGGGCCUAAAACUGAACUUUGUGGUAAACCACAGGUAAUAGUAGAGGUAGAGGACUGAUGACCUAUGGUGACCACAAAGGUUCACUCUAAAGAUGAGAAUAAAACCAGAUAAAUGUAGUGUCCCUGAUGCCCACCCAGUUUCUAAGAGGUUCAACAAAACCAGCAGGAACAACGGUAUCAAAGGCUGCACUGAGAUCUCAAAGAAUUAAAACCUUCCCCUCCCUUCUAUCUGCAGCUAAAAACAAAUCAUUGGUCACCUUGAGGAGGGCCGUCUCAGCGCUGUGACCAGCUCUAUGAGCAGACUGGAAUUUCUCAGAGGUUGUGAUUAGACAGAAGAGAUUAAAGCUGUGCUAAAACCACCUUUUCUUCAGCUCUGGAUACAAAUGACAGUUUUAAAAUUGAUUAAAAAUGUUUAAAACCAGAGAGGUUAGUUUUCUUUAAAAGAGGUUGGACCACAGCGUGUUAACAGAGGGAAUUUCUCCUUAAGUCAACGAAUUGUUGAUUAUUAAUCAAAUACAGGGACCCACAGUUUGCCCAUUGUCGGUCUCUUGCAGACUCAAACCUGUUGGCUCCAUUGGUGUGAAUAUGUGCUUCAGCUCCAAGACUUUCAGUGGGGGGUCAGCGAUAACUGGUAUGAGCGAAUGUUAAAACCAGUAAAGGAUUGUAGCUACUCUUGGUGGAAAGGAAAGCCCUCUCCUAACAGAAGCCAACAGGCACCACACAAAAACAAGAAAGUUUCUGGUCCAAAGAUGUACAAGUCUGUGUGAUCCUGACUGGUAUUAAAAAAAAAAACAGAUGCUAUGGUCCGAGGUGACCUACAAAAUUGACCCCAGAGA